UAUAUUAAUUUCUAUUUAUAUCCAAUUUAUAUUCAAUUGUAUGGAUUCGUUUCUAUGGCAAUCAAAUGCAAAAUAGAAGAAUUACACAGUUCUCUAGCGAAAUAAUGUCAGUUACUUGUAUACCUACAGAAGUUGCUGUUUUUUAAUAGAUUAAAAGCAUUCCUAUAUCUGAUAAAGUGACCAAAUAUUUCAAAUAAACUACCGCGAUGCAAAGACCGCAGACAAGUAUUCCUUUACAAAGUAAAUUUGACAAAUUUUACAGAGGUGUGAAGAAUGAAUCAGGAGAGUUUUAUGUCACUGGAACUGCUCGACCAGGUACACCUGGUCAAAAUGUAUUGGCAAGACCACCAUCAUCUUUGGCUGCAUUUAAUCAAAUACCAACAAGUACUUCAAGGUUGAGUACAAUUAGUUCAACUAGUACUGGAUUUAUUAAUCCAGGAUUUUCUUUGCCUGGUCAAAUGAAUAUAAACAUUAUGGAAAGGCCAAUCACUCAACAUGGAGUCGCUGGUCUUAGGCCUGGAACAGCUAGAGGAUUAUCAAUGACCAGACAAAUACUAGAUAAACGAUAUUAUAUUGGACUUUUGCAAUUGAAAAUCAGAGAAUUAAAUCAAGAAAUUGCUAUUAUUGUGAAAGAUAUUGAAGAUCAAACCAAGGAAAGAGCUACUUAUAUACAUUAUGACAAAAGAGCUAAAGAUUUAGCUAUGGAAUUAACAGCUUUGCAAGGGCAGUUGGCUGAUUACAAUAUCAUUGUUGAUAAAAUGACAUCUGAUGUUGGAAAAGAAAUCAUUGAAGAAGAGACUGAAGAACUUGCUACAAAGAAUGAACAAAAUUUAGUAAAAAUUGAAAAUAUGUUUGAAGAAAGAAAAAAGUUAGAGCAGAAGUUAACUAAAAUAGAAAAACAGUUAGAGGACGAGAGGAGGAGGACUGAUCGGCUUAUAGACAGUAUGGACUCUAACAUGAAAGAACAAUAUGAUGAGUUAUCAAAAGAAAAAGAAAAAUUGCAAGAGAAAGCAAAUGCGUUGCAACAAAAAUUGGAUGAAUUGUAUAAAGAACAAGCUUAUUUGGAAGAAGAAAUAACGUUAUCACCAUUAAAACAGGAAGCAGUUAAGUUGCAUUUGAAAAUAAUAGAAACUGAAGAAAAAAGGGAUAAAUUGAGAGAAGAAGAGAGACAUAGAGUCUCACCGGAAGAGGAAAGAGAAAAACUGUUGAAGAAAAUUAAACAGGAUAAUAUGGAUAUUGCAGCUGCUGAAGCUCAGCUAACUGAAAAAAAGAAACAGAUACAGGAAAUUGAACAAAAAUUAGAGCAAUUGGAAACAGAUAUGGAAGAUACUCAAACUGAAAAACAAAUGAAAUACAAAGAACUUCGUAAGCGAGAAGAAAUUAUAGAAGAAUUUAUGAAUUCUUUUGAGCAAAAUAAGGAGGAUGAAUCCAAAAAAAUGAAUAGACUAGAAAAUACAAUAGUUGACUAUAUGGAAAAUAUUUCAAAUAUGUUAAACAUUGAUAUUAAUUUUAUAGGAAACGAUGAAAUGGCUAUUUUGAAUAAUUUACCACUCUUUAAUGAAUACGAAUAUAUUAACAAUGAUCAAAGUUUCGAAAAAUUGAUAAAAGAAAAUUUAAAGUUGCAACAAAUUUUUAGCGAAAUGGAAACAUUAGAGCAAAGACUUCAAAUGGAAUUUGCUGAUCUUAAUGGACGAAUGGGCAAUAAAGAUAGUAAAUCAAUAAUUCCAGAAGAUCUAGAAAGUUUAAGAGCUAAAUUGACAUUAAAACAAGGACAACUGAUAGCAGAAUGUGAGCAAUUGAAACAUCAGCAAUUAGAGUGUGAAGAAGAAAUUAAAACAAUUAAGUUUGAAUGUGAUGAAAUAAAACAACAUUUGAAAGAUAAUGACAUAUACACUCAAAUUAGUGUAUUAGAAAAUACUAUGGACAACUUACUAGAAGAACAUAAAAAGAUUCAAGAUUUCAUUAUCAAAGAAAAGGAACGUGGUAACUAUGAUCCAAUAAGAAAAGAUACUUUUAAUUCAAUAAAUAUUUAUAAUUCUAUGUUGAAAGAAAAUUUGAAAACUAUUUAUUAACUAUUUAGAAUCAAUUUGUAGUAACUAAUAUUUGUAGUUUCUGUAAGUCAAAUUUUUUCUUUCUUUCUACUUUUCUUUUUUUCUAGUUUUUCACACCUCUCCAACUCACUUUAUUGUAGUAUACUCUAUAUAGAAUAUACUGUAUAUUAUCUUUCAUCUUAUUUGUAUA